AUGUCACCGGUCGAAAUCUACUUCGACGACAUCUUCACCAAAUUCGCCACCUGGGAGGAAGAAUGGGCCUUUGUCAAAGAUCACCUGUUGCCCCGAUUGGUGUGGGCAAUGGUACGAUUGUCAAGAAAGAAAAUCAGCCUGGGGAUGACCUCAAUCGUGGCGAUGGGUUGGACCCAUUCGAUUGGAGGCGUGACAACCAUCAAACCCAGCCGGAUCGCCAAACUGCUUGAGUGGCCGGUGCCCAAAUCGCAGACGGAGGUGAGGUCAUUCUUGGCUGCAACCGGACCGUGUCGGCAAUGGAUGAAGAAUUGUGCCGAGAUCGCAAGACCUCUACAUCGGCUCACCGGAUCUGUCCCUUGGAAAUGGGGAUCUACAGAGGCGUUGGCCUUCAGGUUGCUCAAGGACCUGAUGUCGAAAACAGUGGAGUUGCACGGCAUCUCGAUCGGUCACCCAAUCCAGUUGUACUCUGACGCUUCGAAAUACGCCGGUGGUUGCGUGGUGAUGCAGAUGCAGGAUGCCGGUCUGGUUCCUGUGUUGUACGAUUCCUUUUUGUUGACGAAAUCCCAACGAAAUUAUGGCACAUACAAACGGGAGCUCCUAGCCAUUGUCGAGUUCUGUCGACGACACAGCCACUUCCUACGCACUGAGAAACCAUCGACCAUCUUCACAGAUCACAAGCCCAUUACGUGGUUUCUGUCAUCAUCCAACCACCACGGCAUCUACGCCCGUUGGGUCACCGAGCUGAGGAUGCUCAACGUGGAGAUCGAAUACAUCCAAGGUCGUCGCAAUGCAGCGGCUGAUGCAUUGUCCCGGACAAUUUUCCCCUCAUACGACUGCCAUGAUGAUGAUUUGGAGGCGUUGGGUUCCGUCUCAGAGGAGGGCGAAUGGACGUGGAAAGACGGAGCUGGUGGAUACGAGGAAAUGAUCCGCAACGCAAUCGCCGGGCGGCCUGCCGCCGAUGAGAUGGCCGACGCAAUCCGAACCUUGUUGCCAUUGAAAUCGACCGCGUUGAAGUCGACUGCACAAAUCGAUCGCCUGGAGCCAGAACAAAUCCCCAUUGCAGCCUCCCAUUCCGAAUUGCAGACUGACCCCACCCUGUCGGCAUUGACCGCAUCAAUGAAGAAAUGGUUGGAUGAGCCAUGGUACAUGUAUGUUUGCAGAUUCUUGAUUGGGAGAUUGGAGGGCAUCGACAACCAUGCAUUGGCCGCGAUGGCAUCGAAGUCCCGGUCCUUUUCGAUCCACGACGGGAUCCUGAUGCACACCUCAUUUUGCUGGGCGCACCCUGUGAAAUCGGCUUCAGCCUCCGAAGCGAUCCCAGUCCUGACCCAAUGGAUGGACACCAUCGGCACAUCACCUCAAGUCAUAUAUCCGGAUGCCGGUGGUGCAUUUGUCUCCCGCGAAUUCAAGUUGGCAAUGAACGCCCGGUCGGUUGAGGUGACGCCAGCACCAGCAAAAUCCCACAAGUCCGUUGGGAUGAUUGAGACGCACAUCCGCCUGGUCGUGGACCUGAUCACAAAGGAGAUUCUUGCCGGCAAAUUCCCUCCUGAAGACUGGGACCUGCAUUGGAUGGACAGCUUGAAGGCCGUCAAUCGCAGGUGGAUCCAAUCUGUUGGGUUUUCACCAACGGAGAUAUUGAUGGGCAUCCCGCCAACUGACGACAUCUCCACGGCGCCCAUUCAAUGUGCCGAUCGAGAGUUGCCGUUACCAGAUCAAUUGGCAGAUGCAGCUGUGGCACACAUGGCAACAAUCGAGUACCAUAGACGGAUGGUCAACAUAUCUCAGGACGCACGCAACGCCGCCAGAUUGGCAAAACACGACCAACGAGUCUCUACACCAUUCCGAAAAGGCACCCCCGAGAUUUCCAUUCCCAACCAACCACCGCCCAACCAAAUCAUCCCUGCGCAACGAACAUCACAACUCGGAAUCGAUCCCAGACUUGUCGAGGACAAGUACUGGCACAACCAUCCUCACCAGAAGCUACUCGGGGAGAUCGCGGCCCGCGAUCUGGAUGGGCUGGACACGCAAGAUCUGAUUUCUAAGUUGUUGGCGACCCCAGCUAAUGAAAUCGUCUACCUUGGCAACGAGCUCAACCCAGUUUGGAUCGAGGCAAAGAAACGAUAUCGAGAAUCUCUCACCAUGGCUCCCCAACACAAUGCCAAGAAGAAAAGCGGCAGCAAAUCGAAGAACGCCACAUCGAAGGUUGCGAAAUCGAAGAAACCCGCGUUGGCCCCCCCGUGCCCCCCCUCCCGACGAUGA